AUGACUGGUGAUGAUCAAGAACCUAUUCAGAGCUUGGCACCGAGAAAAAUUCGCGUGAAGAAUUUUACCGGUGUUCGAGAAUGGAAAGUCUUGACUCCACUCGAAGAUCUUUUUAAGACAAGCUACCGGACUCUUCCAGUUUGGAAUAAGGAUUGGAAAGUACGUGUUCAGAUCGCGUCUGGAAGCCAAGGCCUACCAAACCCUUUUGAUAUUGUGCCAACUUCUGGUAUUCAUGUUGGAAUAUCUUUUGACAAUGAAACUUUUUCUCAAAGGCUAGAUUAUGAAAAGGCAGAAUUUGUAACUAUAUGUAAAUAUCUCGACGCAUUAUUUGGCAGUAUUAUUUGUGAUAGUGGACAAUCUCUACAGAAAAUGGUUGGUACUUUUUAUAUAUACGAACAAUUGUUACCUACACAAACUUCUAUAUUAGGAAAGAAUGUAUACUUUAAAGAAUACAACAGACCUUCAAUCUUAGACUUUGAUUUGAGGUUUGACGAAAAAACAAAUCAAAUUAUCACUGACUUGAGGAUGGUAUGGAAUUGUAGAAAUCAAGAUAUAUAUAUUAUUAAAGAAAAUGAACAAGAUAAAGUGGAAUUGGGAGUGUUUGGACCACAACUUGGUUCUGGGAAAUUUAUCGGAGAAAGGAUUAUAAUAGAUGAAAAUGAUAAUAAUCCAGUUCCAACGAUGAUAACCGUCUUACCUCGGGUUCUUUUAUCAAAUUUGUCUUAUUUCAAUUCGAGCAUCAUACCGGCUCAAGGCUUUCAUCAGUCAUUCAAGACAUCGGUAACUUUGCCCGCCUCCCAACCCAAUUGUGAAUUUUAUAUCCUUCACCUAUUUCCUAAUUCUUUUUUAGUAGAUACCUACCAAAUUGAUGAGCUUUUUUCUGAUAAUGUACAAGUUUUUGGAGAAACAGAUUUAGAAAAUCCUGUUGGAGUUACCUCAUUAAAAUGGGGUAGUGUAGUUUUAGCCAAAGGACAUCCUGUAGAACUGAAGGAUGAUAGAUUUGAAUUCAGUUUGCCAUUUCGUAUGCGAUAUCAACCAGCAAACUCUGAAGGUUCGCAAAGAAGCCAUGUUGUUGCUUCGGCUCCGUGGCCUUUAAUUGUAUAUGCAUGUGAUAACGGACGAGCUCCGUUAUUUGCACCAACACCACUUCCGUUAUCUCUUCUAUUUUCGCCAACUACUGAGUUUAAAUACAUUCUCCCCCCAAAAGAAUUUCUUCAUCGGAACAUUUGGCCUAGCGAAGCUGUUAAGAUACCUGUCGGACAGUUAGACCACUUAAAAUUUGUUGAACGGUGGUCAAUAUUUUUUGCUCUGAUGGGAUGCGCUUGGAUACACCUUUUCUCCGCCAAUGAAACUGCUGAAACACGAAUAUUACCAAUUUAA